CCACCACCAGUAUAUAAGUGGCAGUAUAAGCCCUCGCGUAUGUCAGAAUUGACUUAUCGAGCACUAUAUGCUUAGAUUGCAUUGAGGUACUUGCCUCUUAAAGUACGAGCAAUUAGCUCUUAAAACCGAAUAAAAGUUAUACCACUAAUCGACUGAAUUUGACAUAUAUAUAUACGUACAUAAUACAUAUAUAAAAACAUAUACAAGUAUGAGGACACUCAUCACCCUGGCGCGGAAUGUAUCCAAGCUACCUAAAACAGUACCGCGUGCUUUUUCUGGGACAUUAUCUCAUCAGCCCAAUUACUCGGGACCGUUGAAUGCACUCUCCCAUUUCCCUGAACGCACACCAGAGCUGUAUAUCGCCAGCAAGCGUCUCUUCAGCAGUGGACUAAUCCCGAACCAACAGAACAAGAGUUGGGUCAAUCCUCAGGCCGAAGCUCCUGGAGAAGCUCUGAAGAAGUACGGCAUCGACCUGACCCAGCGUGCACUAGAUGGUAAGCUGGACCCUGUGAUAGGCCGGGACGAGGAGAUUCGCAGAACUAUACAGGUGCUUUCCCGCCGAACAAAGAACAACCCAGUUUUGUUGGGCGAACCAGGGGUGGGUAAGACAGCUAUAGCGGAAGGUCUGGCCUUGCGAAUCAUUAACGAGGAUGUUCCUGAGUCGCUCAAGGGCUGCAAGGUGCUGACCCUCGACCUGUCCAGCCUCAUCGCCGGUGCCAAAUUCAAAGGCGAGUUCGAAGAACGCAUCAAGGCCGUGUUAAAAGAUGUCGAGGAGAGCAAAGGAGACAUCAUCCUAUUCGUCGAUGAAAUGCACACGCUCAUGGGCCUGGGCAAGGGCGAGGGUAGUAUGGACGGUGCUCAGAUACUCAAACCGGCGUUGGCUCGCGGUGACCUACACAUGUGUGGAGCGACCACCCUGGCGGAGUACCGCAAGUACGUGGAGAAGGAUAGUGCGCUGGCCCGACGGUUCCAGCCGGUGAUGGUGGACGAGCCCAGUGCAGAGGAUAGCAUCUCUAUCCUGCGAGGGCUGAAGGAGAAGUACGAGUUACACCACGGUGUGAAGAUUACAGACGCGGCGCUGGUGUCGGCGGUCAUGCUGAGCAAGAGGUAUAUCACGGACCGGUUCCUUCCGGAUAAGGCGAUUGAUCUGAUGGACGAGGCGGCUAGUAGGCUUAGACUGCAGCAGGAGAGCAAGCCCGAACCGUUGGAGAAUUUGGAUCGGCAGGUAAGGAAAAAUUGGGAUUUUCGGGCGUUGAAACGCGAGAAGGACGCCAACUCACUCAAGCGACUCAAGGAGGUGGACAGUGAGAUCACAAGUAAAAGUAAGGAGGCAGAGGCACUACAGAACGAGUGGCAGAAGGAGAAGGAGCUCAUCGACAAGUGCAAGAACGCACGAGAGAAGCUAGACAUUGCCCGUGUGGACCUGGAGCGUGCACAGCGCAGCAACGACUUUGCAAAGGCCGGCAAGCUGAUGUACGAGGUCAUACCGGAACUGAUGGAUCUGCUCAAGAACCCGCCCAAGAACGCGUUGCUAGGCGACGCCGUGGAGUCGAAGGACAUCGCGCGCGUGGUUUCCAAGGCAACCGGCAUACCGGUCGAGAACCUGGUCAAGGGCGACCGAGAGAAGCUUCUGGUGAUGGAGGAUGUGUUGGAGAAGCGUGUGGUGGGGCAGAAUACGGCUGUGAGUGCUAUUGCCGAUGCCGUGCGACUGAGCCGCGCGGGUCUGAACGCGCAGAAUAGGCCCAUUGCUUCGUUCCUGUUCCUGGGACCUACAGGAGUGGGUAAAACGGAACUAUGUAAGGCGCUUGCUCAGUACUUGUUCAACGUUGAGUCGUCGCUCAUCCGGAUAGACAUGUCGGAGUAUAUGGAGAAGUUUUCCGUGAGUCGUCUAAUUGGUGCCCCGCCAGGUUACGUGGGCUACGAAGAAGGAGGGACACUCACGGAGGCUGUGCGCCGCAAACCAUACAGUGUGAUCCUAUUCGACGAGUUCGAGAAAGCGCACCGAGAGGUGUCUAAUCUGCUGCUGCAGGUACUGGACGACGGGGUGCUCACAGACAGCCAAGGCCACACCGUCGACUUCACCAACACCAUCAUCAUCCUCACCAGCAACUUGGGGGCCAAACGCCUGGCCAGCCUACCGCCCCAGGCGUUCGAGAAGGUCAGUGAGAAGGAACACAGCGAGCAGGCGUACGCCGAGGUCAUGGAAGACGUCCGCGCCCAUCUCGCGCCUGAGUUCAUCAACCGUCUGGACGAGAUAGUGCUGUUCAAUCGCCUGUCACGAGACAACAUGAGCGACAUCGUGGACGUGCGCCUGGGCGAGAUAGCGCAGAUACUCACCGAGAAGGACAUCCGAUUGACCGUCUCUGGGGAAGCCAAGGAGUGGCUGGCUGACAAGGGCUACGACCCGGUGUACGGCGCCAGGCCGCUGGGGCGGGUGAUGCAGAAGAACGUCAUGAACCCGUUGGCUCGGUCUAUCCUAGACGGCAGUGUGCACCUGGGAGACGAUGUGGAGAUUAAGGUUACGGAUAACGAGCUAGCAAUGGUACCCCACCACCGGGACAGUGUGGGGGUGGUCUCAGCGGAGGAUGUAGAGGUGAUCCGCGCCGAUGAGGAUGUGCAGCCGAAGGAGGCUGUGUGA